AUACCUCAAAAUACAACCUAAAAUCUCUUGCAUCACCCAGUCCUCGUGUCAUUAAAUUUCUGGAGCCAGUUGUCAACCGGCAGUUAGAAGAGCUGCAUCUGAAAAAUGCAGGAGAAGCUACCGGAGACGAUAAACUUCCCCGAGGAGGAGGAGAAGAUCCUGAAAUUUUGGACGGACAAUAAAGUAUUCGAGACGAGCCUGAAACUCUCAAAAGGUAAGCCGAGAUAUUCUUUCUUCGAUGGGCCUCCAUUUGCCACGGGUCUUCCUCAUUACGGCCACAUCCUUGCGGGUACCAUCAAGGACAUCGUUACGAGGUAUGCUCACCAGAAGGGAUACCACGUGGAGCGACGAUUUGGUUGGGACACCCAUGGCCUUCCAGUUGAGUUCGAGAUUGACAAAGCCCUGGGGAUAAAGGGGCCGGAUGACGUACAGAAGAUGGGCAUCGAGAACUACAAUAAAGAGUGCAGGAAGAUCGUAAUGAGGUACGCAGGGGAGUGGGAGAAAAUAAUCACAAGGGUGGGCAGAUGGAUUGACUUCAAGAACGACUACAAGACUCUGUACCCCUGGUACAUGGAGUCCAUAUGGUGGGUCUUCAAGGAACUCUUCAACAAGGGCCUCGUCUACCAGGGAGUCAAGGUCAUGCCCUACUCCACGGGCUGUAAUACUCCUCUAUCCAACUUCGAAUCGGGUCAGAAUUACAAACAAGUCAUUGACCCCUCAGUGUUUAUCGUCUUUCCUCUUCUGGAUGAGAAGGGACCAGCUGGCGAGACCGUCUGCAUCGUCGCGUGGACAACGACCCCCUGGACACUUCCCAGUAAUCUAGCUCUCUGUUGCAACGCCAGCUUCGAGUACCUCAAGGUCAGAGACAAGGCGUCGAAGAAGAUAUUUAUUCUCCUGGAGGUCGCCCUGGAGAGGGUCUACAAGUCGAACGACCUAUACGAAAUUCUUGGGAAAAUCAAGGGAUCAGAGCUGAAGGGGAAGAGCUACGAGCCCCCUUUCCCCUACUUCGAGCACCUGAGGGUGAAGCAGAACGCUUUCAGGGUCCUAAACGACAAUUACGUCAGUGGAGAGACUGGAACUGGGUUCGUCCACCAGGCGCCUUAUUUCGGAGAGGACGAUUACAGGUGUUGCCUCGAGGCUGGCAUCAUCACCAGGGAUCAAGAGCCCAUUUGUCCGGUGGAUAGUACAGGGAGAUUUACACCUGAAGUCACAGAGUUCAAGGGCUUAUACGUGAAGGAUGCAGAUAAGGAGAUUGUGAAGAACCUGAUGGCGUCUGGAAAGUGCAUAAAAUACGCUGGCCACUCUCACAGUUACCCCUACUGCUGGAGAUCAGACACGCCCCUGAUCUACAAAGCUGUGCCCUCCUGGUUUAUCAGAGUGGAGUCCAUCAGGGAUAAAUUAUUGAACUCCAGUGCCGAUACGUAUUGGGUACCCGAUUACGUCAAAGAUAAACGAUUUGGAAAUUGGUUGAGAGAUGCUAGAGACUGGGCAAUAAGCAGGAACAGAUACUGGGGGAAUCCCAUACCCCUGUGGAUCUCUGAUGAUAGAAAAGAAGUUGUCUGUGUGGGGAGCAUCCAGGAACUGGAAAAACUCACUGGCCAGAAAAUAUCUGACAUUCAUAGAGAGAGCAUCGAUCACCUGACGAUACCAUCGCGAAGACCUGGAUGUCCACCACUUCGCAGAGUCCCUGAGGUCUUUGACUGCUGGUUCGAAUCUGGUUCCAUGCCAUACGCACAGCUGCAUUAUCCUUUCGAGAAAGUGAAGGACUUCGAGGCGACUUUCCCUGCGGAUUUCAUCGCCGAGGGGAUAGACCAGACAAGAGGAUGGUUCUACACUCUCCUCGUAAUCUCAACAGCACUUUUUAACAAACCUCCGUUUAAGAAUCUCGUCUGCAAUGGUCUGGUCCUAGCCUCUGACGGCCAGAAAAUGUCCAAGAGCAAGAAAAAUUAUCCUGAUCCUAUGGAAAUCGUUAACCGAUUUGGUGCUGAUGCCCUGAGACUGUACCUCAUCAAUUCACCCGUCGUCAAAGCAGAGAAUUUGAGGUUCAAGGAGGAAGGAGUCAGAAACAUCAUCAAGGAUGUCUUUCUGCCCUGGUAUAACGCCUUCAGAUUCCUCCAGCAGAAUAUUGAUAGAUACGAGACCGAGGAGAUGACCAAAUUUGUUUACAACGAGAACGAAAACGAUGUGAAUAUCGUCUCUUCGAAUAUAAUGGACAAGUGGAUUGUCUCUUUCACCCAGACUCUCUUGGAAUUCGUGAAGCAGGAGAUGAAGGCCUACAGGCUGUACACCGUGGUGCCGAAAUUGAUAAAAUACAUCGACAACCUGACAAAUUGGUACGUCAGGAUGAACAGAAGGCGGAUCAAGGGAGAUGACGGUCCUGAGGACUGCAAGCGAGCUCUGAACACUCUCUUCUAUGUCAUCUACACGAUGAUUCGUAUCAAUGCACCAUUCACUCCUUUCCUGAGUGAAUUCAUGUACCAGAGGAUUCUGCAUCUCCUUCCAAAGGGGAUUAAAUCAGAGUUGUCAGAGUCUGUCCAUUAUCAGAUGGUACCCGAGCCCAAUCUCGAUCUGAUCGAUGAAAAGAUCGAGAGGUCUGUGUCGUAUAUGCAGGCUGUCAUCGACCUUGGGAGAAUCGCCAGAGACAGACAAACAAUUCCAGUUAAAUAUCCUCUCCCAGAGGUUGUUGUGAUCCACCAGGAUGAGAAGAUCCUCGAGGAGAUCGUCGCCCUGAAAUCGUACAUCCUGAACGAGCUCAACGUUAAGGAAUUGACGGUAACCACUGACAAGCAGAAGUAUGGGAUCAGAUUGGCUGCAGAGCCUGACCACAAAACCCUUGGGUUCAGACUUAAGGGAGAAUUCAAGGCGAUAAUUCAAGCCAUCAAGGAUCUGUCUGAUGCUCAGCUCCAGGAGUUUCUAGUCACAAAGAAAAUUGUUGUUAAUAAUCACGAGCUUGGAGAGGAGGACCUCAGGCUCAUGUUCAGUUUCUCUGGGCCAACAGCUCAACAAUUAUCGAUGAAGUACGAGGCGACUUGCGAGGGAAAUGUCUUGAUUCUGCUGGACAUCACUCCUGAUGAGAGUAUGCAACACGAGGGAAUUGCCAGGGAGAUCAUCAACAGGGUGCAGAAGCUCAGGAAGAAGGCACAGCUGGUACCCAGUGACGAGGCUGACGUCUACUACGAGAUAUCUGACAAGAGUUCUUCACUUUUCAAAGUCAUUGGGGAUUACAAAGACUUCAUCGAGGGGAUUACGAAGACUCCGCAGAGGGAAAUGGUGGGGGUGCCUCCUGGUGAUGUUAUCAUUGAGGAAAUGCAGAAGAUCAAGGGUGUGGAGAUGAAGCUGGUGCUGGUGAGGAAAGGAGGAGAAACUGAGAGUCCUGCCUACAAGUAUGUAAAUAUCCUGGUGGAGGGCAUUGAACCGAGAUAUGGAGGCAGCAGUUUGAAGGGCACUGUCUUCCUGGAAAGUAAAGAUGGCAGUGAAAUUUCGGUCGCUCAGCUGAGAAGUGAGAUCGAGGUAAUUUUUGGCCUCUACGGCAGAUCCAUCGACAUCUACUUCGAGGGAAAACAGCUGGAGAACGGUUUUCAGUGCCAAAAAUUGAAUAACAAAACAAUACUCGUUGUGAAAGCUGGACAAACUCCUGGAGACAAUUCCGUAGGGAGUCAUAAACCGUUUUGUCGAUUUGUCAAUGUAAAAGUUGACGAUAAAAAUUGCUCAGUACUCCUGGAAAACCCUCAGGGCUUCGGUGUGAAUAGUCCUGACGAUUUGAAAAAAAAAGUUGAACUGAUGUACGGCACGUCAAAUGUCGAAUUAGUUUAAUUCUAAUUUGCCUCUAAUUUAUGACGAGAAUUGAUUGAGCUGUUGUAAAUUAAGGAUUCUAAUAAACGGUUAACUAAUAA